AUGGAUUUCAUGACAAGCGAAAAAGGUAAACAAAUUAUCAUUGAAGAUCAAUUUAAAUUUCGCUUCCGCAAAAUAUUGCAGAAUGACGUACAACGUUGGAAGUGUUGUCUUAAUACGUGUGUUUUUUUUAAAUUAUCGGAUAAUAAUCGUAUGAUUGAGAAAUGUAAAUGUGACCAUACUCACGAAAAAUGUGAUAGCAAGGUUCUGGAUAAUCAAAAACUUAGUAACUCGGUUAAAAGAAAAGCGCAAGAAGAUAUUUCUACUCGACCUUCAAAGCUCAUUAGAUCCGAGUUUAACCUUCGAUAA